UUGCACUGCGGUAAUAUGGCCCUUCCGUGAGGAGCGGUAGUGGCGGCCCUCGGAGGAAUUGUCAGCUCUCUUUCCGACGUGCUGGGGUACCGAGGCACCGAGCGCGCCAAAGGAAGAGCGGGACAAGGAGGAGCGAGAGGAAGAGAAGGAGAAAGCUGCAGGGCGCGGAUGCGGGAGAAGCGAGGACGCUACCGCGGGGCAGUCCCGCGCUCGCGAUGAGCGGCUCAGCCGCUGCCGCCGCCGUCGUUGCCUUGUCAGGCGCCGGGGUGUCCCCGCUGGCCUCGGGCCCCGCCGCCGCCGCCUCUUCGCGGGCCCUGCAUGUGGAACUGCCGUCGCAGCAGCGUCGUCUUCGACAUCUCCGGAAUAUUGCUGCCCGGAACAUUGUUAAUAGGAAUGGCCACCGACUCCUUGAUACCUACUUCACACUUCACUUGUGCAAUAGUGAAAAGAUAUAUAAAGAAUUUUAUAAGAGUGAAGUGAUCAAGAAUUCUUUGAAUCCAACUUGGAGAAGUCUUGAUUUUGGAAUAAUGCCUGACCAUCUUGACACAUCAGUAUCCUGUUUUGUGGUAAGAAUCUGGGGUGGAAAGAAAGAUCUCUUCCAGCUGCUGAUUGAGUGGAAAGUCUCUCUGGAUGGACUAAAAUACAUGGGUCAACAGAUUCAUGCUCGCAACCAGAAUGAAAUAAUUUUUGGGCUAAAUGAUGGCUAUUAUGGGGCACCAUUUGAGAACAAGGGUUGUUCAAAGACCCAGAAGAGCAGUCUUCUCCAGGUAGAUCAGAACUGUGUUCGUAAUUCAUAUGAUGUCUUCUCUCUACUUCGGCUUCACAGAGCUCAGUGUGCAAUUAAACAGACUCAGGUGACUGUUCAGAAAAUCGGAAAGGAGAUUGAAGAAAAACUACGACUUACAUCCACAAGUAACGAGUUGAAAAAGGAGAGUGAGUGCUUACAGUUGAAACUUUUGGUUCUUCGGAAUGAGUUGGAAAGACAAAAGAAGGCUUUGGGAAGGGAAGUGGCAUUACUGCACAAGCAGCAAAUUGCAUUACAGGACAAAGGAAGCACAUUUGAGACUGAACACCUCAAGCUGCAACUGCACAAGGAAUCCUUAAGUGAGUUGCGAAAGGAGUGCACUGCCAAAAGAGAAUUAUUUUUGAAGACUAAUGCACAGUUGACAAUUCGAUGCAGGCAAUUGUUGUCUGAGCUUUCCUACAUUUACCCCAUUGAUUUGAAUGAACAAAAGGAUUAUUUUGUAUGUGGUGUAAAGUUGCCUAAUUCUGAAGAUUUUCAAGCAAAAGAUGAUGGAAGCAUUGCUGUUGCGCUUGGUUACACGGCACAUUUGGUAUCCAUGAUUUCCUUCUUUCUGCAAGUGCCCCUCAGAUAUCCCAUAAUUCACAAGGGAUCCAGAUCAACAAUCAAAGACAAUAUCAAUGACAAGUUGACUGAAAAAGAGAGAGAGUUUCCACUGUAUCCCAAAGGAGGAGAGAAGUUGCAAUUUGACUAUGGUGUUUAUCUUCUGAAUAAAAAUAUAGCACAGCUGAGAUAUCAACAUGGACUAGGGACUCCUGAUUUAAGACAGACUCUUCCUAACCUGAAAAAUUUCAUGGAGCAUGGGCUAAUGGUCAGAUGUGACAGACAUCAUACCUCCAGUGCCAUUCCAGUUCCAAAGAGACAAAGUUCCAUAUUUGGGGGUACAGAUGUUGGCUUCUCCACUGGGGUGAUAUCACCAGACAAAGGUCACCGUAAACGGGCCAGUUCAGAGAAUGAGAGACUCCAGUAUAAAACUCCUCCUCCCAGUUACAAUUCAGCAUUAGCCCAACCUGUGGCCACCGUUAAGCCUGCUGGAGAGUCUGAGAAAAAAAUGGCAUCUUUGUCCUCUUCCUUAGAUACCUCCUUAGACUUCUCUAAAGACAGUAAGAAAAAGGAAGCCGAUUUUGAUGAUAAUUUAAACAGGGGCCACAUAAAUGUGAACAGUAGCCAGGAACCACAGGAGCUGCUCCUUGGGCAUCCUGGUGCAAUCAAUGGCACUCUCCUUCCCAGAGAGCACAGCAAUGUGGCCUGCAGUGAGCAGCCGGACGAACUCCCUGCCACCAGCAGAGGGACUGAACUCCAUUGUACUGUGGAACAGGCCGAAGAGAUCAUUGGUACAGAGGCAAUGGGCUUGAGCUCAGGGGAGCAGCUGGAAGCAUUUAAUUGCAUCCCAGUGGACAGGGCCGUGGCUGUAGAGUGUGAUGAGCAAGUUCUGGGGGAAUUUGAGGAGUUCUCCCGACGUAUCUAUGCACUGAAUGAAAACGUGUCUAGCUUCCGCCGGCCACGCAAGAGCUCAGACAAGUGAGCAUGGGUAGGGAGAAGUCAUUGACUGGACCAGGACAGAGUGAAUGAUCACAAAUGAAGAUGAAGUUGCACUUAUCCUUUGUAUUAAUUAUGGAGCAAAAUAAAACAAAUUGAGUCUAUUCCUCUGAUGUUGGAAAAUGGGCUUGGGAAAGUAAGCCAGGACAUAGGGUCAGGUGUAUAAAUGGGCCAGAUAGACUUAUACUCUGUUUCCAUAUAUUUGCUUUUCAAAUCUUACAGUUGGUUCUAGGUCUUUAGUCAUUCUUUAGCUUGAAAGAGCUUUUAUCCAGUAAAAGCCACAUUAUAGGUAUUCAUCUGCUUCUGUUACAUACAAUAUUGUUUUAUCCUUGGAUGGAAGAUGAUAAUAUAUAAAUCAUAAAAUGAAUGAAUAUAUCUUUUAUUGUUUGUUACUGUUUAUCACAAGUAACACUCUUACCAUGGUUCAGAAACUGAAUAUCUAGAACCAGGUUUGCCCUGCUCCCAGAAAGAUCCUUGACCCUUUGUCUGGUUGAGGAUUAAGCUUGGUGAUUUUCUCAAACGCAGGUACAUCACCCCAGCAAAUUAUCUCCCUGGGCUGCUGUCACCCAGGCUUUUCAGGUGUCCAAUUGUAGUCUAAAUAAGAAACUUUGAGUGUAUCAGAUUUCUCUGUGCUCUCUUAACAAAUGGUCACACCUUUUCUCCAUUUAAUAUCAGCAGCUUUAGACAUGGCCCUCAACAAUUUCUUUCUUUCUUUUUUUUUUUUUUAAAUAACAGUUAGAUUUUCUAGAAUACUACUUGAGAGGAUUCCAAAUACCCUACAGACUUCAUGAUGCAAUCCCAUUCGUGGGCCAUACCUCUAAUACUUAUGUAGUUGAAUGCUGAGAGACCAAAAGCCAGGCAUGCUUUUAAGAAAUUCACACACCAGGCCAACCCCCUAGAUUUGAACUCCAUGUUAACUUAUUGAAUUUAUAGUCAGAAGGAAAAACAAAGCCCCUGCCAAGUGCUGUAUACAAUUAAAUAGAUGUGGCUUGCCCAGUCCUGUGAAUUUGAACAUUGCGAAUAGCUGGAUCGUGUCAAGAAAUGAGGAGAAAUACUGUGGAUAUGAAUAUAAAGACACAGUUUUCUCCAUUUAAUUUAAGCACUCACCAUUUUCAGAGCUCAGAUUCCAUCCCUCUUACUACCUGUGCCAUAUUCUCAGGAAUAUAGCACCAGGGUUAUAAGCUCUUUAAAGAGAACAUGGUCAUCUUGCUAUAUAUGCUAUCCAAACAAAUAAUAAUGGAGUUUUCUUCCCCAGAACCUGAUUUUUCUUCCCAAGUCUAAAUUUUCUCUUCUGACCUGCACUACCUACUCUGUAGUGGGAUAUCCCCUUAAUACCGGCCAAAGGAAGCUGUGAAUAUGUAUGAUAUAAUGUUAUUCCUUAACUCUUAUCAGAGUUCUUAUGCCAUAUAGAAAAGCACAUACAGUAUGCACUGCUUAGUAACUGCAUUUUCCCUACAUAAUAUCUUAGGAAUUAACAGGUCCUGAAAUACUCUUCAUAUUUUGUCUAGGCUCCCCUGAGCUCCCUUUGGAUUUAUAGAUACAUUAGACUAGAGUAUUUUACCACCAAUCAUUAUUUUCCGUGUAUCUUAUCUCUCAACACACACAUACACACAGUUGUCUUGCAGUAUUAGGCAGAGCAGAUGCACAGAAAUUUAAAAAGAUUCCUAGAAAAAAGCUUUAACUUCAUUUGAAGAAAUCUCAUGUAUUCCAAAUGAACUGUUCUUUCUUCUCUGAGCUGAGGGCAGAAGCCCCUUUGGUGUCCCUUGCAAAGUUUUUUCAGAGAAUGCUCCAUCUUUGUUCUGUCUCAAGAGGAGAUAAUAAGAGACGAGGCUAGAUUCACCCAGCAGCCUCUAGAGAAGGGAUCACAACAGUCCUCUACCUGAGAAGACAGCAACCAAAAACCAGGACCAUCAUCUCAUACAAGACAACAAAAUGCAUGUACUGCAUCAACUUCCCAAACCCGGCAGUAAGUCUUUGAAGUCAGUGCCAAACCCAAAGAUUAACUGCAUCUUGUAUGAUUCUGGGAGCCCGCCAAUUGGGCCCCUGGUACCACUAAGCCAUUGGUUCCGAUGAUGAGAACAGAUCACAGAGAACAUGCAUUCAUGGGCAUUAAUCUCAGGUUCCACUCAACCAAAAGAAGCCCGAGUCACUGUCUUCCCCUCUUUGGCCAUCCUCAUUGUAGCUAUUUGCUCUUUAAACUGCUGAUUUUGAAGUCCAGACCCUUCCACCAGAGCGUUGUAGGGAGCCGUAGUGUUCAGGAGCACCAGGUCAUGGUGGAACUGUCCUGGUGGUCAUAUUUGUUUGGUUCAUGGCUUUUCCAAUAAUGUAUAACUAACAGAACAUGGUUUGAGUUUCUUUACAGUGUCGAUUAUAUUUUCCCUAUAAGUAGAGUAUUUCAUUGUCUUGGUAAACAGAUUUGAGUUAAUUUUUCAUCACUAUAAACUUAACUUUUUCCAAUGCUUUAAAUGGCUAAGGCCCAAACACAAAUGAGUUCUCAUUUUUUAGUUUUUCUUUUCAAAUUUGUCUUAUUAAAAUUACCAAAAAAAUAGACUGCUUGGACAGAGGGGGAGGAGGAAUUGAGGAAGAAAUGUGGGAAUUUGGGUGGAAACUAUCAUGUCACUGUCCAUUUUGAAACUGUAAAGAACCUUACUAAAUUUCCAUGAAUAUUAGAACAAUUUGUGAAUGCUUUCAAAUCAGUACUGGGUGAUACUCCACUCCUCCCCCAACCCUUGAAAUUCUGGAAGCUUUUUUUUUUUUUUUUUUAAAGAAUAUUAGUUUUGGAAGACUGUAUCCAGCUAUAUUUUUAUAGCAAUCUUAACAAUGUCUAUUUAUCCUGACCUAACCAGUUAUUUAAAUAAUUUUUAAAAUCACCACCAAUAAUAAAUGGCAUGUAGGAAACUUAUUUGCUGGUAAUUGGGAGAAAUUUCAGCAUCUGUAUUUAUAAAAUAAAUUUGAUUAGUAUUUA